AUGGACAUUGGUCUGCUGAGCAUUCCCGCGGGAGCCUGUUCGGGGAUGGUUGGAGCUGCGUUGUAUGGGUUUUCACUUCGCCGACAGAAUUUUCGACAACUGGGUGCAGCUGGAUUCCGGGCUGGAGUGGCAGGAUUUAUGGGCAGCUUCGUCGUGGUCGGGACGGCGAGCGCUUACGAGAAGUCUAAGGGGAAAGACAAAUUAUCAGAGCGUUUUGAGCUAUUAUCGGAUUUGCCACAAGGAGACAAAAUUAUUGCAUGUUACGUAUGGACUGACGGUCAUGGAGAUCUUCGCUGUAAAUCCAAGACACUGGAUUCAGAGCCGAAAAGCCCGGAAGAUCUUCCCAUCUGGAGCUACGAUGGUUCAAAAACUUACCAGGCCGAAGGAAGCAGCAGCGAAAUUUAUCUACAACCUGUAGCAUUGUAUGCGGAUCCAUUUAACGGCAGUAAAAACAAGCUCGUACUGUGCGAAACGCUUACAAGCGACAAGAUGCCGACAGAGAGCAAUAAGCGCCGAUCAUGCCGAAUUGCCGAUGUGAUGAAUCAAGCAAAGUAUUUUGAGCCACGGUUUGGAAUCGAGCAAAAAUACUCGUUGUUGGACGUUGACGGUCGACCAUUCGAGCGCAAAGUGGAUCUCCGAAGUCACAAGGAUAUGACUGCGCGAUGGGAGCAGACAUCGCGAUAGCUCAUUGUCAUGCUUGCCUGCAUGCUGGGAUCAGUUUGCCGGGUUCAAGGCCGGUGUAAAACCGGGACAGUGGGAAUUCCAGAUUGGACCUUGUGACGGCAUUUCGGUUGCAGACGAAUUGUGGAUGGCUCGAUACAUCUUACUCCGUGUGGCGGAAGAUUUCGGAGUUGUAGUGUCCUUCGACCCGAAAUCGGUACCGGGAGACUGGAGUGGCACUGAUGCCAGUAUAACUGUCAGAUUUAGCACCAAAGCUAUGCGAACUCCCGGGAUUGGCCAACAGGCCAUCAAUGAGGCCGUUGAAAAGCUGAAAAAAGUUUCUUUUCACUAAUCCAGUUAGUUUGAAAAAUCUGCAUUCCGUCCAGAUCUUUGUUUGCAUGUGAUCUCGUUGCAGUGUGUAAGGAAAAUUAUCUGUAUGCCUGUAAAAUUAACUGUAAAAUAUCUGUACAGUAAUAAUUGUCAUCCGCAUUCUGGAAAGAGUUUAUAAGAAUUUGUUCCAAAAGUGGUAAAAAAAAAUGGCAGG